AUGGCAGAACCGCAAGGCAAUUUUCACGUCCAUCCCGACGCAGCGCCGUACGAUACAUCCAUCACAGACUACCUUCACAAUGACCCGCAUAUCCAAAAUGUCUGCAUCGGGGCAGUGAUAGGUUGCGGCAAUCAAAUGCUGCUCAUCCAACGCGCAGAACAUGACUUUGCUGGACUCAAAUGGGAAGUCCCCGGAGGAGCAUGCGAACAUGACAAGGACAAGACAAUUCUACACUCGGUAGAACGGGAAGUCUGGGAGGAAACAGGCUUACACGUGCGCAGCAUCCGGCGACUUGUUGACUUCGAAGAGUUUCAAGAUAUUGCCGGAGAAAAGAAGGGUAGAUAUAUAUGGCGCAAACUUACGUUCCAGGUUGAAGUCGAAGAAGGUUAUGGGUUGGAUGCUUUGGAGAAGCGACGAGUCAUUGAGGAGUCCAUCAAAAUGGAUCCGAAUGAGCAUUGCGACUGGGGAUGGGCGACGAAGGAGGAUGUUGAAAAGUGUGUGUGGGAGAAGGGAAAGUUGGAUUUCAUGGGGCUGCAACAGAAGACGUUACUUGAGGGCUUUGCUGCCAUGGAUAUGUACUAG